AUGGCCACAAGUGUCGUCAGCAGAAGUGUCCUCUCCGGGCUCAGGAGCGUCCACUGCCUCACACUCCAGUCCGUGAGGCGCGUGUCUGUGUCCGGUGUAUGUGGCCCAAAGCUCCGCUCAUACGCGACCUCCAGGGACCAGGACCAGGCUGGGGGUCGGGACUAUGAUCAGGGCCGCCACAGCUCUUCUCUACUGCUCAGACGCGUGGGGCUGGGACUCUGUACGGUGGUUCUCUUGGAUCUCUACAGACGAAGAGGAGAACUGAGCUUUGGACAGUUUCUACCAGUAGUCCACUGUGCCUCACCCGUAAAGCCGGAUACUCCCCGAUUUAGAUACAAUUUUAUUGCUGAUGUGGUGGAAAAGUCCUCCCCGGCAGUGGUCUACAUUGAAAUUCUUGGCAGACACCCGUAUUCAGGACGAGAGGUUCCCGUUUCCAAUGGCUCCGGGUUCAUCAUCAGCAGAGAUGGUCUGAUUGUCACUAAUGCUCAUGUUGUAGCAAACAAACGAGGAGUCCGGGUCAAACUCACAAACGGCGACACGUACACCGCCACAGUCCAGGACGUUGAUCCUGUCGCCGACAUCGCCACCAUUAGAAUAUCUCCAAAGAAUCCGUUGCCCACUCUGCCUCUGGGGCACUCAUCCGAUGUGAGACAAGGCGAGUUUGUGGUGGCCAUGGGAAGUCCUUUUGCCUUACGCAACACCAUCACGUCUGGGAUUGUGAGCUCAGUUCAGAGAGGAAGCAAAGAGCUGGGCUUGUCCCACUCCGACAUCGAUUACAUUCAGACCGACGCACUUAUUGAUUUUGGUAAUUCUGGAGGCCCUCUCAUUAACCUGGACGGAGAGGUCAUUGGGAUCAACACCAUGAAAGUAACUGCAGGGAUAUCUUUUGCCAUUCCAUCUGACAGAGUACAAGUUUUUCUAGAUCAGGCAAACAGAAAGAACUCCCGACGGAACGGCUCAGAGAACAAGCGAAAGUACAUCGGCGUGACGAUGCUGACUCUCACUCCUCGCAUCAUCAGUGAGCUGAAGCUACGAGACGCCAUGUUCCCGGAUGUCACACACGGCAUCCUCAUCCACCGGAUCAUUGUGGGGUCCCCAGCCGACAGAGAUGGAAUGUUGCCGGGAGAUAUUGUGCUGGAGAUCAACGGCGCCAAAGUGAACACGGCGGAGGAUAUAUAUUCAGCCGUUCACAGAAACGACAGAAUCACUUUGAUGGUGCGACGAGGAAAUAAGCUGAUCGAUCUCCAAAUAACUCCAGAGAUCACGGACUGA